AUGAUGCUGGAAAAGUGUUCCUUCUGUAAAAAAGGGGAAUGUAUCAAACCUGUAAAAGUGGAAAAAAAGCCUGGAAAAGCAGCAGCUAAGAUAAGAAUUGAAGCAGAUGGAAGCUAUUUUCAGAUCAAUCAGGAUGGAGGAGCACAAAAACUCGAAAAGGCUAAAAUUACUCUCAACGACUGUUUAGCUUGUAGUGGCUGCAUUACAUCAGCAGAGAGUGUUUUAAUCACUCAACAGAGCCACGAAGAGCUAUGCAAAAUGCUAACUUUUAACAAGACUGCUGCUCCCAAUGAACAGAAAUUGGUGGUGGUUUCUGUUUCACCACAAUCCAGAGCUUCACUAGCUGCAAGAUGUAAAAUGGAUGUUCUGGAAACAGCAAAGAAGUUGACCGCGUUCUUAAAGAGUUUAGGUGUGCACUACGUGUUUGAUACAACUUUCUCAAGAAACUUCAGCCUAUUGGAGAGUCAACAAGAGUUUGUAAAACGCUUUCGGAAGCAAUCUGAAGACAAAAAGGCUUUGCCAAUGCUAGCUUCUGCCUGUCCAGGUUGGAUCUGCUAUGCAGAGAAAACCCAUGGCAGUUUCAUCAUUCCUUAUAUCAGUACCACCAAGUCUCCACAGCAGGUCAUGGGCUCCUUGAUUAAGAGCCAUUUUGCAAAACAGCAG